AUGUUAUUUGCAGUCAGCUUACUUCUUGACCCCAAGAAUCCAUCGACUGUAUCAUAUGCAUCGCAGAACUUCUACGAUCAGGCUGUGGUUCAUUACCUGCCUCUCGUGCUGAGACAUCCAAAUCGUUUGAGGCAUGUCCAAGCUUAUCUAAUGAUGUCUAUGCAUUCGUUAUUCUCCCCGUCCACGGACCAAAUUUCUCUCAUGACAUCUGCCGCUAUGCGGUAUUGCGUCGUGUCCAAAUUCCAUCUUGUGGAAUCUGAGCCUGAACCUCAGACCGCUGCUGCACAAGCGGAUAUACAAAUGCGUCGCAGAGCCUUUUGGGCUGCUUAUAGCUUCGAUCGACUGGCUUGUGGUGUCUUAGGAAUUCCAUAUUCGAUCCCAGAUGACAGUGUCACGGUCCCACUCUUCGAAGAUUUGGAUGACGAAUUAUUAGUUGAGGACCCCAUCCAGUAUAGAGAACCAUUGGUAUUUACCACAGUCUCGUGGGCGCUGCACCGAGAACGAUUGUUCUUGAUUCAAUCCGAAAUUUUGAACCUCACAUCCAGGAGCGACUUUUCACCAGAUAGCGAGUCCUUUACAAUAUGGAGGGCCUCUGUCUUAUCAAAACUGGAAAAUUGGAGAUUAAAGCUUUCGAAAGCAAGUACCUCGGAAGGUAGACACCCUGUGGAUGAGCGUCUUAUUUUAAUCACCUACAAUCUCUCCCUUCUCCUUCUUCACAAGCCUACCAAGGCGAAUGUAUGCGGUCAAACUGGUGACUGGGCUCUACGAGCAAGCCUUCAAAUCAUCAUGAUUUUUCGCAAAUUUCAAAGUGGCAAAAAGAUUCCUCACCCCUGGCUUGGACUCAUUAAUCAAUUUUCUGUGGGAAUAACCAUGUUAUAUUGUCUCUGGGCUACACCACCACAGUCCCGCAGCGAGGCAUACAAUUCAAAAAAUAUUUUUCAGGCAGUCAGGUGCUGUUCGAACAACCUUGCCGUUUUUGCUGAGCGCUGGGAACAAGCUAGGGACCUCGUGGAUGUUUUUGAGCUCCUAGCGACCGAGGUCCCUCUGGUGGAGGAUAUUCCUGCGAAUGACAACCAUAAUCCGCGACCAGUAAAGCGUAUUCGAGUUGAGAUCGCAGACGAAAUUUUGGGGAAGCUUCCCAAUGUUCAGUCUGUGGUUCUGAAUGGCGAUACUUACCGCAUGAUCAAAGAAAUGAUCAGCGACGACUUGCCAACACACGUCGACGACCAGAAGACUCCCGCGACUGAGGCGGGUAGGGGGCUAGAAAACAGCAUCAAUAAUCGAUCAAUGUUGACCGGCCACGUGCUUCCCAACGAGCCCAACAGCUCACCGGAAUACCCUCUCUUUGGUUCCUACGUCCCGGAAGUUCAAUCGGUUCCCCACUGGGAAAAUAUAUCGCUUCAAAGCUUCAAGUUCCCGGGAAAUGUCCAGGGAUACGAGCCCCUCUGA